AGCAUAGCCUACGCGCGUCAUGAGAUGUUUUCAAUUACAUCAUUUUUUGAAAACUGUAAUAAUCAUUAAUGCGUGAUGUAAACAUCACGUACAAGACCAAUAACCUAAAUCUUAUGAUUUCUAUCUUUAUUUUACAGUCUUUUUUUGGCAAACGCUUGGUCUCGUGCGUAAAAGUGCUUAGUUAUGCGCAACAUGGGUGUCAUCGAGGAAAUAGGCUGUCUUGCCUCAAAAGCCUUAUGUUAAUCCUUAGCUGCUGAAGUGUCUUUAUCUUGCUAAAUUAUAUUUGACACAAUUAAGGGCUCAAUUCAAUAAAACCCAGAUUUGACUAGUCACACAUUAGGGAUGGUUCUAAAUGUACAUAAUGGGGACCUGACAGAAAAUGGGGGAGGGUCAUGCUUUUUCAUUUCAGUCAGGGCAACCUUUUAGUAUUUUUUAACUCUAGUCCAUGGUAGGGUCAUUUAAUUUGUCCGAUACCACAUCUCAUCUCUGAUUCUCUAAUGGGUACACAAUAUCAAGCGCCUACAGGCUAUUUAGUGUGGUCUCAAUCAAAUGAUCCAUAGCUAUAUAGGCUAUACGAAGUGCUUGGAGAAGCUCAGAGCCAAGUCAUAAGAAAAUGUACUUGCUUCCUGAGUCUAAUGCUGCUGCAGAACACUUGUCCAUUAUGUAUUUAUUGGAGUUAUUGACCUCACAAUAAGCCAGAUUCAAUCAACUUGGUGCUGAAACUUGAAGUGGCAGCCGCUGCACAAUCAAUCUGAAAUGGACAGCUCAUGGUGCUGAAAUUAGGCAAAUUCGAGUAGGCAUCAUUCAUUUAAACCAUCUUCGUUUUAAUUUGACUUUACUAACAACAAGAGGAGUUUAUGUAGGAGCCUAUUUCUUCCUAUUUAAGAUAUAAGAGAUUAGCCUACCUGCUUGACAGACAGAAUAUGGCUAUAGGCUGCUAUCCAUCGAUUGUUUGACCAAUUCCUCCACCCACAAUGCACUCUUUAAAUAGCCUAUCUUCAUGUCAGUGAAGGGUUGUUAAGUUAAAACCAGGACUCGAAUUGAGAGGAAUGAGAAGGUAUGAGAAGGUAUGCCAUAGGCCUUCCUUAUAUUAAAGAAAAUGGCAAAAAGCAUAGGUGUAACGUCUGCUUCUAGCUCACACUCUCAAACACAUAGAUCCCCUGAACGCAGCUCACUUUCCGCCUUUUUCCCUGCCUGUACCGUUCCCUUUUUGGAUUCCCUGUGUAUGACCUUCUGCCUGCCCCUGGAUCCUGCUACCUGCCUCCUCCUGUGGUCAUUUACUAAAUAAACACCUACUGCAUCCUGCGCUUGAAACCAGCAGUCUGUCUCUGAUCAUACUCAUUACAAUAGGCCUACCCCUUGUUAGCUUAAUUUACUGCAGUAGGCUAAAUCAGGGUCACACUCUUGGUCGUCUUAAACAAAUCUACUUUGAAACAAAAGUAUACACCUUACACACAUGUUUAUGGGCUUAAAAAACACAUCUGUACCAUGUCAGAUAUAAAGUUGAAAUGUAUUAUAUUUUUGAGUUUGCAUCCCAAUAUUACACAUUAUAUACACUACCGUUCAAAAGUUUGGGGUCACUUAGAAAUGUCCUUGAUUUUGAAAGAAAAGCAAAUUUUUUUGUCCGUUAAAUGUCACGCCCUGGUCUGUUUCACCUGUCCACCAUCUGGCAUACACGGUAAAACGCCUCCUGGGUGUUUCGACCACGGGGCAGGGGUUUCCAGUACCUGGUUGACUGGGAAGGUUACGGCCCGGAGGAGAGGUGCUGGGUUCCCACUACAGACAUCCUGGAUCCAGCCCUCAUCACCGACUUCCACUGCCGACACCCCGGUCAACCAGACAGACAGACGUCGAGUUGGGUCCGAGUGUCAUUAUGAGAUGUCGUCUCUCAGCGCCUCCUUCGUGCAAAUCAGGUUUGAUGACAUCCACUUCUACGAGAACUGCGGCGGCGGCAGCUUCGGGAGCGUGUACCGAGCCAGGUGGAUCUCUCAGGACAAAGAGGUGGCGGUGAAAAAGCUACUCAAGAUCGAAAAUGAGGCUGAAAUCCUCAGUGUGCUCAGCCAUCGCAACAUCAUUCAGUUCUAUGGGGCGAUCCUUGAAGCACCCAACUAUGGAAUCGUCACCGAAUAUGCCGGUGGAGGGUCCCUGUAUGACUACCUGUCCAGUGCAGAGAGUGAGGAGAUGGACCUGGGACAGGUUAUGACUUGGGCCAUGGAGAUUGCCAAAGGCAUGCACUAUUUACACUCAGAGGCCCCGGUCAAGGUUAUCCACAGGGAUCUGAAGUCCAGGAAUGUGGUUGUGACGGCAGACAAAGUUCUUAAGAUCUGUGAUUUUGGGGCAUCCCGGUUCCACUUCCACACCACACACAUGUCCCUGGUAGGCACGUUCCCCUGGAUGGCCCCGGAAGUCAUCCAGAGCCUGCCCGUGUCUGAGACCUGUGACACCUACUCCUACGGUGUGGUUCUGUGGGAGAUGCUCACCCGGGAGAUUCCCUUUAAAGGCCUGGAGGGAUUACAAGUCGCCUGGCUGGUGGUGGAGAAGAGUGAGAGAUUAACCAUUCCCAGUAGCUGCCCAACUAGUUUCGCUGAGCUGAUGAGGAAGUGCUGGGUGACUGAGCCAAAGGAAAGACCCAUGUUCAAACAUAUCCUUACAACCCUGGAGUCCAUGGCCAAUGACAGCAAGCUUCCUGAACAGUGCAACUCCUUCCUACACAACAAGGCUGAAUGGAGCUGUGAGAUUGAGGCCACACUGGAGAGACUGAAGAAGUUGGAGCGGGAUCUGAGCAGCAAAGAGCAGGAACUGAAGGAGAGAGAACGUCGCCUGAAGAUGUGGGAGCGCAAGCUCAUUGAGCAGUCCAACACCCCGCUGUUCCUACCCGUGGCGGCUCAGAUUAGCGCUGAGUCGUUCUAUGAGUCUAAGACGGAGGAGUCGAACAGUUCGGAGAUGACGUGUCAGAUCACAUCCUCCAGUAACGGAGAGGUGGAGGGAAUGAGUCUGCAGGCCAUGAUGAAGGGCUUUGGGGACAUGUUUGCCUUGGACAUGGGGGGCCCCGUCCUGCACUCUGGCAUGCAGGUCAACAUGCAGGCCAAGCAGAACUCUUCCAAGUCCAGCAGUGUCAGAGAGGGCCGCAAAAUCAACACGGCCUUGGGGAUGUCAGACUUCAACUGGUCAGACGACAGUGAUUAGGGCAAACUGAUUGGUCCAGCUAUGUAUGGGCCACUCAGUAGCAUCUGUCAAUCAAUCCUUUUGACCUGUGUCAAAACUGUGAUCUUGCGGCAAGCUCUCAUGCAUAUUCCUUCUCACGUCACUGGUGUUAUGGACACAAGCCACAUUAGAUAAUUCAUUACUAAUAGUUUUUGUAGCGAUCCAUUUUCUUUUACAUACAUUCUUUUUUAAAACGCUGUAUGAACAAUGUAUUAGAAGCCUUUCGCCUACAUGGCCCUUACGGGUGUCAUUUAUGCCUAAUGUACUGGAUGUAUAGUGCCAUGCUGUGAAGAAAGAGCCAUGUGAGCAAGUUGCAAGGAGGAGGCAAAGCUUUUAUGAUGAAGUGACAUUUUGCUGACAUUAAGAGUGGCCAAUUUUGUUCUGUAUGUGGUGGAGCGUAGUUGCUGUGAUUAAGUGUCUCACCAGGAUGAGAAAGAACAUGUUUCCCUCAGCUGACCCAGACUGGUGUCAGCAGGAGAGAGAGAGAGAGAGCGAGAGAGAGAGAGGAAGUUUCCUGAUAGCACUGUUCAACUACGGACUUCCCGUGCCUUUUUCAGAGAGUGUACAGAGGUACACUGUCAGGAAUCUUUGGAUUUCAGGCCCACAUACUAUGGCUUAGUGGUGUAAAGUGCACUGUAGGUGUCUGUGUCUAUCUAUGUGGGGCCCCAGUAAAGUCCUGGUUCAUGUGCUGGUUGAAAGAAGCACUUUACAGAUGCAUAUCAUCAAGAUGUUUGUGAGGUGUGCCGUAGACCUUAGACUUCCACACCUUGACAGGACUAAGUUCUCACAGACAAGGGCAACUGUAUACGACCUUCAGUCACUUAAUUUAGUGGCAAAAGCGCUGCCGUGUGCUGGAAUCAUUUCGUUAAAUCAAAUGAUAUGUGGAAUCAAAAAUAAAGUAUUUCAUUGGAGAGAGGAUGUGAAAUACUGUUUUAGAGGGCUUCUCUAAGCUAAAGGUGAUCUACCAGCUCAAUAUGUUUGCAUCUGCACCAACGGUUUUGACCACAGGCCAAUGUGUGUUUAACAACCCCCAAAGUGAGCCUAUUAAAGCUCACCUAACAAGCGUCAUCACUAAAUGCCCUGUAAAUUAUGCUAGGAGCUCUUCUCUUCUAAACAUAGCCAAUAUGAAGGAUCUUUCUGUUUGACUCCCAAGAGCUUGGACCUAGUUCCUGCAGCUUGGACUUCUUUCUACUUAGUUGAUGUAUGUUUUUUAUAUACUGUUGUGUAGUUAUUAAACCUAGACUGAAACAUCAUCCAUUAACAGGCUAUAACCAACCGAUACACUAGCUUGUGUGAAAGUCAACCACUUUGUAAGGUAUUUUCUAGACAUCUAAUGCCCAGAGUUGCAAUAUUAUAUAUGCAAACUACAUCACCUUGGAUUAGUCAAAUUCCUUGGAUUAGUCAAAUCACUUGGAUUAGUCGAAUAGUGUCUCUUUAAUGGCGUGCCAUAACUCUAUCAGACUGACCACUUAUUGAUGUGAUAUUUGAUAUUUUGCUGCAAAAUUUGUCUACUGUUCCUUGUUUCUCAAUAAACAUUUUCUCAUUAAACAUUGAA